AUGUAUCCGCGACUCACAACAGUUUUCCGGAAGACCCCCGGAGGCAGCAACAAAGAGGAGCAAAUUAAACGUCCUAAUGCAGCCUCUAAGAGUGCUGAAAAACGGAGUCCUACUAAGCUGGACCGACGUCUAAGCGUACUGGUUAAGUGCAAAAGACCCACCGACGCUGCUGAAUACCACUCAGAUGACGACCUCAAAGAGCAGGAAGCCCCGACGAUCAAGCAAACAGUACACUCUAGUGUGCUGACAGAAAGACUAGUGGUUGUUGAGGGUUUAAACGGACAUCACGAGCUUCGUUAUGAAGCUGUUCACAUCACCAAAUACAAAACAUCGUCUAAAGUGAAAAAUGGAUUGGCCCCACGACGCGGAAUUGUUUGCGAUGAGGCUAUUGCCAAAAGCCAUGUCGAGGCUGCGCAAAAGCGUGAGGUGAUGCGUACGACGCGUGACAAGUUGCUGUCAAAGCACAAGUUGUUGAGUGCUGGUGCUCCAAAAGACGACGUGCACCGUGCUAUUCAAGAGUAG